UGCAAUACAAAAGAAGUCAUAGGUAGGCUAAGGUGCCUUAAAGCUGAAAUUGAAGAUCUGGAACUGAAGGAAAGAGAACUUGAUCAGCAGAAGUUGUGGCUGCAGCAGAGCAUCAAAAAUGUGAUGGAUGACUCCAUUAAUAAUAGAUUUUCCUAUGUAACUUAUGAAGACAUCUGUAAUUGCUUUAAUGGUGAUACACUUUUGGCCAUUCAAGCACCUUCUGGUACACAGCUGGAGGUACCUAUUCCAGAAAUGGGCCAGAAUGGACAAAAGAAAUACCAGAUCAAUCUAAAGAGUCAUUCAGGACCUAUCCAUGUGCUGCUUAUAAAUAAAGAGUCCAGCUCCUCUAAGCCUGUGGUGUUUCCUGUUCCUCCACCUGACGACCUCACACAACCCUCCUCUCAGCCGGCAACUCCUGUGACCCCGCAGAAACCCAACACGGCAACUCAUAAUCUGCCUGAGCAACAUGUCUCUGAAAGAAGCCAGAAUCUUCAGCAGAUAGCAGCUACAGACCUAUCUUCAGCAGGAUCUAUCAGUGGAGAUAUCAUUGAUGAAUUAAUGUCUUCUGAUGUUUUCCCUCUCUUACGGCUGUCUCCUACACCGGCAGAUGACUACAACUUUAAUUUAGAUGAUAAUGAAGGAGUCUGUGAUCUGUUUGAUGUCCAGAUACUAAAUUAUUAGAUUCCAUGGAAACUUGGGACUGUUAUCUACCUCUAACUGUGUAACAUUUUAGACUUCUCAAUAACCUAAGUAUUUAAAAUAAUGAAUGUAACACCUUUUUAGUUCACUGAUUCUGAAGUGUUCUUCCCUAAUACUUUUCUUUUUUACUUCACAAAACAUCACCAUAAAACAAAGGGCUGAUUGCUUCAGGGGAAAGAGUGAUUUAGUGCCAUCCUCCUAUCCCCUGAUAAUUUCUGGGACUUCAACUAUUUUUUCCCCCCAAUUCUGAAUCCUUCUCUUUUUUCCUCUUAUGAGAGGGAAGUUAAAGUAGACUUCAGGUCAUCAAAAACAAAACUUGGCCAAGGGCUCAUCACUUGUGUGUCUUAUAUUUCUACUGCCACAAAACUGUACUUCUUUGUGUCCUUCCAAUCCAACCCGACACUCACUGCCACUUAUAAAGUGAAGGAUGUAAACUAGGACAUGGUAACUGUUUCAGUGAACAGAUUUUGUGAAGUGCCUUCUGUUUUAGCACUUUAAGUUUAUCACAUUUUGUUGACUUCUGACAUUCCACUUUCCUGGAUUAUAGGAAAGAUCUGUUUAUGUAGUUUGUUUUAAAAUGUGCCAAUGCCUGUACAUUAACAAGAUUUUU